AUGGACCACAGGAGGCUAAGUGCCCUGUUUGGAGAUUCAGUGGAGCAUAUGACCUUUGAGUGUCAUAAUGCUACAGACCGUAUAAAGGUCCGUGUGUGGGAUGAAGACGAUGACAUAAAGUCCAGAGUGAAGCAGCACUUUAAGAAGGAAUCUGAUGAUUUCCUGGGUCAGACCAUCAUCGAGGUGCGGAUGCUGAGCGGGGAGAUGGACGUCUGGUAUAAUCUUGAGAAGCGGACGGAUAAGUCGAUGGUUUCGGGGGCCAUCAGGCUGAAGAUCAGCGUUGAGAUGAAGGGAGAAGAGAAGGUGGCUCCUCCUCAUGGGCAGUACACAUGUUUACACGAGAAUCUCUUCCACUACCUGACGGAGUUGAAGAACAACGGAGUCGUGAAGAUCCCGGGGGUCAAAGGUGACGAUGCCUGGAAGGUUUACUUCGACGACGUGUCGCAGGAGAUCGUGGAUGAGUUUGCCAUGCGCUUCGGUGUGGAGUCCAUCUACCAGGCCAUGACGCAUUUUUCGUGUCUCUCGUCCAAGUACAUGUGUCCCGGCGUUCCCGCGGUGAUGAGUAACCUGCUUGCCAACAUCAAUGCCUACUUCGCUCACACAACAACGGCAAACACUAACAUCUCGGCCUCCGACCGAUUCGCAGCAUCCAACUUUGGGAGAGAGAAGUUCGUCAAACUCUUGGAUCAGCUUCACAACUCUCUGAGGAUCGACCUCUCCAAGUAUCGGGAUAACUUCCCUGCUGGAAAUCCAGAGAGACUCCAAGACUUGAAAUCAACCGUCGACCUGCUGACAAGCAUCACCUUCUUCAGGAUGAAGGUGCAGGAGCUGCAGAAUCCUCCCAGAGCCAGUAUGGUGGUUAAGGACUGUGUGAAGGCCUGUCUGGACUCCACCUACAAAUACAUAUUUGACAACUGCCAUGAGCUCUACAACCAACUGCUGGACCAGGCUAAGAAGCAGGAUCUGCCACGUGAGGAACAGGGUCCGUCCAUCAAGAACCUGGACUUCUGGCCCAAACUGAUCACGCUGAUGGUGUCUGUUAUUGAUGAGGACAGAAUGGCCUACACACCCAUCAUUAACCAGUUCCCUCAAGAGUUGAAUAUGGGUAGAAUUAGUUCUGAAAUCAUGUGGAACCUCUUCGCCAUGGAUAUGAAGUACGCAAUGGAGGAACACGACAAGCAUCGUCUAUGCAAGAGCACAGAGUACAUGAACUUGCACUUCAAAGUCAAAUGGUUCCACAACGAGUACGUGCGAGACCUGCCUGCCUUUAAGGGAAUUCCUCCAGAGUAUUCGCUGUGGUUCGAGCCGUUUGUUAUCCAGUGGUUGGAUGAAAAUGAAGACGUAGCGAUGGAUUUCCUCAACGGAGCUCUGGAGAGAGAUAAAAAAGAUGGGUUCCAGCAGACAUCAGAACAUGCUCUCUUCUCCUGCUCGGUGGUGGAUGUGUUCACACAGCUCAAUCAAAGCUUUGAGAUCAUCAAGAAGCUGGAGUGUCCGAACCCUCAAGCUCUCGCUCACUUCAUGCGCAGGUUUGCAAAGACCAUAAAUAAAGUUCUUCUCCAGUAUGCUGUGAUCAUCUCUAAAGACUUCAGCAACCAUCUGAACAAGGAGAAAGUGCCCUGUAUCCUCUUGAACAACAUCCAGCAGCUCCGAGUUCAGCUGGAGAAGAUGUUCGAGUCCAUGGGAGGAAAGCAGGAGGAAGGGACUGUGGUCUUCUGCAAGCUGGACGCGGAGGCCAGUGAUCUGCUGAAAGAGCUGCAGAAUAAACUCAAUACGGUGCUGGAUGAGCUCAGCGGCGUCUUCGGCUCCAGUUUCAAGUCGGUCAUUGAGGACUGUGUCAAACAAAUGAACCAGGAGCUGAUGCAGAUGAAAGGAAACGCAGGGAACAAGAGUAACGCAGCCAUGGACGCAGAGACCGUCCUGAGACCCCUCAUGGACCUGCUGGACAAGAACCUAAUUCUGUUUGCCAAGAUCUGUGAGAAGACUGUUCUCAAACGGGUCCUGAAGGAGCUGUGGAAGAUCGUGCUCAACACCAUCGAGCGACAGAUUGUUCUUCCACCGCUCUCAGACCAGACACAAGGGGCUCAGAUGAUUUUCAGUGCUGCCAAGGACCUCGGUCAGCUCUCCAAACUCAAGGAGCAUGUGAUCCGGGAGGAAGCUCGCAGUCUGAGCCCUCGACAAUGUGCCGCUUUGGAUUUAGUGCUUCCCACCAUCAAGCAAUAUUUCCAUGCGGGUGGAAACGGUCUGAAGAAAACCUUCCUGGAGAAGAGCCCCGAUCUCAAGUCCUUGAAAUACGCCCUCAGCCUUUACACUCAACCCACAGAUGCCUUGAUCAAGAAAUAUAUAUGCACCCAAACCUCUCAAGGUCAGUCCACGUCUGGAUCUAUCGGGGAGGUCGCCAUUCAGGUGGACCUGAUCUCACACCCCGGCACUGGAGAGCACAAAGUCAGUGUCAAAGUUGUGGGUGUGAACAAUAUCAACUGGCAGACGAACGCCAUGUUUCGGCCCUUCGUGGAGAUCAAUGCCAUCGGCCCGCACCUGGCUGACAAGAAACGCAAGUUUAGCACCAAAACCAAGAAUAACAACUGGUCUCCAAAAUACAACGAAACAUUCCAGUACGUGCUGAGUAAUGAACACGGCCCAGAGGCCUACGAGCUUCACAUCUCCGUGAAGGACUACUGCUUCGCCCGAGAGGACCGGAUCAUCGGCAUGACGGUCCUGCAGCUCAGAGAACUGGCCGAGAAGGGCAGCUUGAACGCCUGCUAUCCACUCGCCAAGAGCGUAAACAUGGACGAAACUGGCCUGACCAUCAUGAGAAUACUCACGCAAAGGACCAACGACGAAGUGGCCAAAGAGUUCGUACGUCUCAAAUCAGACACGCGGUCGGCCGAGGAAGUGUCGUAGAGAAGCACGGUUGUGUUUGUUUUCGUGCAUGUGUGUAAAACAUCUGUUGGAAUGUUCAUUUUAAACUACAAGUACGUACAAAAGUGUUUACCUACCGUAUGCUCUCUAUCAAAUAUUAUAUUCUACGAAGUUAUGUUCAAGAGACAGUUUUGUAUGACGAUUAGUCUUUUUGAACAGAUGUCGUAUUUGUUCAGAUAAAGUGCCAAACCUGAUGAGUUAAAAAAAAAAACACAAAAAAAAACAGACGCAUAUGAAUUAUUGGUGAAGUUGGUAUCUUUCUAAAUUUGCUCGAUUCUUUUUGUCCGGUGUAUAUCAUCCUCUCUUUAAGUGUGUAGCCGUUUUGUUUGUCUUCAAUCUCGCACCGUUUUUGUUUGUUUUUUUUGCGUUUUUAACACACAGCACUGGUGGUGCAUGUCUCGUUUUCUUGGUGACGUCUCUCUCCCAUGUGUUCGCAGUGACUGGGCAUCAGCUCGGACCCGCUCCCCUCCAACGUUUUGUAUUUGAGUCGACUUUAAAAAGAGACCAUUUUUUUAAAAUGGCGAUGACUGCUACGAAUCUCUUCAUAAGUGUUUGUAAUUUUAUAGUCGUUGACAACAAUGAAACCACCUCGAGUGCUGCCGGUCCAGGCAGGAGGGGUGGGAUGUUCUUUUCGUUUAUUUUUUGUAGGUUUAGUUGCUUUACGUUUCCUUUUUUACCAUAGGCUUUCAGCCUUUCUGAAUUAUCACUGUGAACAUGGGCUCUGAAAGGCAAGCUUACAUCACAUUUGUUGACUGUUUGA